AUGGAAAAAUCUUCUAUACAAUCAAUUGAAAUUGAUCUAAAUCGAAAUAUACAGGAUACCAUAGAAAACUUCGAUAUUAAUGUCAUCAAUUUCGAUCUGAACGAUGAAGCUCAAAUUGAAAGCAACUAUGACGAAAGCUUGUAUCAUCAUCCCAUUCAAUUCGAACUUGAACAAGAAGAUGACGCUGUUGAAGAUGUGGAACAAGCUAUUAUUGAAGCUGAGGAUGAGAAUGAAGUUCAGGAGGAAAAUCAACAUGUAAUGGAAGCUCAAGGUCAUAUGUUAAUGGGAAUGUUAGAUUGUCAGGGUAUAAGAAGGAGGUGGUUUCCUGCAAUGUCAAGAGUAAGGUUGGACGCAGAUGGAAGGGUUUGUAACUUGUUUUGGAGGGAUUCUAUGAUGCUUGAAGAUUACAAAAUAUAUGGGGAUGUCACUGUAUUUGACACUGCAUAUAGGACGAAUUGUUACAACCUCAUUUGUGCACCCUUUGUAGGAAUAAACAACCACUGGAAGAACACUAUGUUUGCUUGUUCUUUUAUUGGUGAUGAGACCAUAGAGUCAUUUGUGUGGCUAUUUGAGACCUUCAAAAAGGUAAUGGGUGGUAAAUCUCCUGUCUCACUAUUUACAGACCAAGAUGCAGCCAUGGCAGCAGCAAUACCCAAGGUAUUUCCAAACACUAAACAUAGGCUAUGUCUAUGGCAUUUGAUUCAAAGUGUUGUAACAAGAUUUGGAGUUUUGUGGAGUGAUGACACAUUCAAAGAUGCUUUCACGAAAUGCUUGAGUGGUUGUAUUUACAAAGCUCAGUUUGAAGAAUCUUGUCGUCACAAAGAAGUGAGAGCACAAAUCAUGCAGUGGGAUUCAAAGCAAACAAGAAGACAAUUAUCCAAUUUUGCCUUACUUAAACAUGCUGCUGAGGUUUAUACACAUACAUUAUUCAGCGACUUUGAAGAAGAAUUCAACCUAGCCAUUGGAUCUCAAACUAAUCUGCUAUUGAUUAAUGGAGGCAAAAUGGUUUACCAAGUGUACCUUGAAGGCAGAGAUGGCACAACUCCAGCAGUAACUUACGAUCCAGCAAACCAAACAACUCAAUGUCCAUGCAAGAAUUUUGAAGAGUCGGGUUGGUUAUGCUUCCAUAGCCUUAGAAUCUUGCACAUGCAUUCUGUUGAAAAAAUCCCAGAGCAAUACAUAUUUUUCAGGUGGACUAAAAUGGCUAAGGUUGAAGUUUGGAAAAGUAAGGAGGCAAAGCAAAAGAAGAAGGGGACAUUAAACAACUUCACACCCGGGCGGCUACACAUGGUGAGGAAGUAUUAUAGUCUAAUCCUUAAGAGCCACAAGUUUGAACAAGCAAGAAAAGUCUUAGAAGAAAGCUUCCUAAAAGAUUCAAGUGCAAUAGAUGAGAUUAUUUCUGCUAUGAAAUCAACUAACAACCAUUCUGAGAACACUACAGGUGUAAAAGAGAAUUCAGAAGCAACUUCAUCUAGUGUUGUUCAAGUACUGGACCCAGCUCGUGCAAAAACUAAAGGAAAACAAUCAAAUAAAAGGAUUCCAGGAAGCUAUGACUACAUGAAAAAGGGGAAGAGGAGGAAGCAUAGAGAAUUUGGUGCUAAAACACCAAAUAUUAAUAAUAAGUAUAUGCUCUAA